AUUUUCCUUCUUUUCAUUUGGAACAGCUCGUAGUUACUCGCGUAAUCACCAUCAGCAGUCAGCCACAGCAAUUUUCUUAGUAGUGAAGGAGAACGGCCGACGAGCGGAGUUGCACCAACAGCAGCAGCAGCAGUAGCAGCAAGUGGAUACACUUUUUCCUCCGUUGAACAUUUGUCAUACAAUCCCGCUGCCAAAAUGGCCCUGAGCGACGCAGAUGUCCAGAAGCAGAUCAAGCACAUGAUGGCCUUCAUCGAGCAGGAGGCCAACGAAAAGGCGGAAGAAAUCGACGCCAAGGCCGAGGAGGAGUUCAACAUCGAGAAGGGUCGCCUGGUGCAGCAGCAGCGCCUGAAGAUCAUGGAGUACUACGAGAAGAAGGAAAAGCAGGUCGAGCUGCAGAAGAAGAUCCAGUCUUCGAACAUGUUGAACCAGGCCCGUCUGAAGGUGCUCAAAGUACGUGAAGAUCACGUAGGCAGCGUGCUCGAGGAAUGCAGACGUCGGCUGGGAGAGGUCACCCGCGACCCAGCUCGCUACGGUGAGAUUCUCUCCGCUCUCAUCACUCAGGGACUGCUGCAGCUCAUGGAAGCCAACGUGGUCGUUCGUGGUCGCCAGGCCGAUGCCCAGCUGAUCCAGAACAUCCUGCCAUCGGCGGUGGAGGCUUACAAGAGCACUUCCGGAAAGGAUGUCGUUGUCACCCUGGACACCGACUUCUAUCUGCCAGCUGAUGCCACCGGAGGAGUCGAACUUGUUACGCAGUCGUCUCGCAUCAAGGUCUCCAACACCUUGGAGUCCCGGUUGGAGCUGAUCGCCCAGCAGCUGAUACCGGAGAUCCGUAACGCUCUGUUCGGUCGUAACCUGAACCGCAAGUUUACCGACUAAGCAGAGCUUGCAGCAGCAGUUCGCUUUAUGUUCGCUUCACCCACACACAGACGCCCCCCGUUUUUGUCUUUAUAUUUUCGCCAUUUUUCGCUCCGAAGAAUUUUCAGCUAACCUACAAGGAAAAAGAAAACAAAAAAAAAACACAUGUUCAACGGUAAGAUCUUUGAACUACUCUCAUUCUCCACAACACACAUUGUUAUGUGACGUUAUAUAUGGUCCAGGGUCAGUGUUCCACCAGACUUAAAGCUUAUACAACAGUUUGGAAUGCUAAUUUAGGCGGCAAUCGGGCCUCGAGGACUCCACGAGAAGGUCGCCUAUGUGUCCCUGAGGAUGACGCCUACUCAAAACCGUUUACUGUUGAUCGUACCCCAGAACCACAUCUGCUGGGAUUCUUCGUGACCUAUAUGGCGACUUUCUCGAGGUGCUCGAGGCGAUAUUUUUUCGCUGAUGACAUCAACGAAAAAAUUGAGUCUCGGUCCAAAUGCCAUCCUUUCAUCUGGUGCCGAUAGUAGGUUUCUGCAAUUCUUGUAACUUCUUUUUUUGUUUUUGUGAGUUAUUUUUCCUGAUUUUUUCAUUCAACUAGUUUGUAUUCAUUUGUUAUCUUUUUAAUUGAAAAUACUUUUAUUAGUGCUCUUGAGACAAGUUACAGAAAAAGAAAUGUUGUUUAGUAAGGGUAUUCAAUUACGAAAAUCGUGUUCGCAUAAAACAAUGUUAUGGAAAAACAAAUUGAUCGUUUUACAUUUAAUACUAUUUAGAGCAAAAUCAAGGUGAAAACAUUCCUUCGUCAGGUUUAAAUUUGGCACGGUUGCAAUACAAACAAAAUGAUUUCUUUAUUUUCUACUAAGCAAGACUUCGGUUUGAUUAUGCUUCCAUUCCUCUAAUUCAGUGCGAAAACAGUGAAUUUAUUGAACUUCUCGUCAUGUCGACACUGGAAAAAAAUACUUUUUUUCAGUGUAAUCGGUAGAUUUCAGCAUCUGUUAAAAGUAGUAAAGUGUUUUAAGACCUUCUGCCGCAGCAUCUUGCUUUGCUUACACCAAAUUUCCAAAACGGAUAGGUCAAAUACAAUCACGAUAAUCGCCAAACGGAUAUUUGCUGAAUGCUGAAGCAAUGGCAAAGUAUGAAACAUUAAACUACUUUUCAGUUGUCGUAUUAAAACAAACAAGUGUGUGUGUCGUUUAAAAAGAUCCUCAAUGUAUCGGUGUGUUAGUGUCGACCAACAACACCAUCUGUUGGUUUAAGGAAGGAUGAAAAAAAACGUGAAUUAAAGGAUGGAACUGCACAAAACAAUACAAUCCAUGUGAUCAAACCGAUUCUUCUCAAUUGAUUUUGCAAUUUUCUGCUCCUUUCUCGUUUUCUUCUUUACACACAAAAAAACAAACAAUAGAGAAAUCAGUAUUUGUUUCAAUCAACGGCUUCUAUCUUUUUUCUCGGAUUCGGAUAAGGAAAUAGAAGCAAACAAAGUUUUAAAUCAUGAAUUAAUUAGACUUAAACUAAGAUAAUGCUAGCGACAAGGAAAGUAUAUAAAAGAUAAUAUAAUAUAUAGAUAUUGUUGUAAUCGUAAUGAAUAUAAAUAUUAGUUAAAAUAUGGAACUUAAAAUUGAACAAAAAAACACUUGAUCAAUAAUACAUCAUUAAAGGACAAAAGAAAAAACGUAGCUUAUCAACAGCUGAAGCUAUUCGAAGUCGUAGUUUGGGAGAUGCUUUCCAACACAGAGUUUACAAACUAUACCCACACACACACACUCAUUCAGACCGGAACAUUUCCUGUAUAGCCGAACGUCGUCGGUCGUUUUAGGUAUUUACACAUUUCUGUCACAGGUAACACAAAUGUCUACAUCUAGCCACCAGUGUAAGCCACCAACGAACGAAUCUGUAGAACCACCCUUCUGGUGAUGAAUUGAAAUUGUUGAUGAAAUCGAACAAAAUUCGAGUUUGACCUUUGAAAACUGACAACUUAGAAGAACCUAUACUUUUCACACCCGCAAAAAAAAAUCAACCACCAUCAGAAAACAAAAUGAACAACAUAUUUAAUCGAGCUAUUGUAUGGAAGAAUGAACCAGCUGUGUAACACUAUGUAACAGGACAAACAUCAAUAAAAAUAAAGAAAAUCAGUGGUAUGGGAUAAAGAACCGA